CAGAGGGACGCAGUCCUCCUCCGGCGACACUGCUCCUGUGUUUGUGUGUACGAUUACACGGUGAACGGUUCUGGAUUUUCCGUUUAUCCCUCUUACUAUGCCUUUCAUCGCCGUACUGUGAGCCUGCAUCGACGGUUGGCUUUGUAGCUAGAUGGCCAGCUAGCACGGCCACGCUAACUGUUGUUAGCAGCUGGCUUCAUCUCUACACGGACCCGGCGAAGUGAAGAGCCGAGGAGCUGGAAUGGCCAGAGUUCCCUCGGAUACCUCUCUCAGAAGACACAGCGACUAAGCAGACGCAACAAAUCCACAUUUCUUUUGAGUUCCGAGUCACCGGGUGUUGGUGUCAAUCUAAUCCCCAUCAUGGUACAGAAGUACCAGUCCCCCGUGCGGGUGUACAAGCAACCCUUUGAGCUGGUGAUGGAGGCCUAUGAGCGCAGAUUCCCCACCUGUCACCUCAUCCCCAUGUUUGUGGCAAGUGACGUGUUGGUUAAAGAGACCAGCGAAGACGGUUCAACCAACAGAAUUGAGCGCCGCUGUGCCCUGGACGUGGACGCUCCACGCCUGCUCAAACGGAUCGCUGGUGUGGACUACGUCUAUUUCAGCCAGAAAAAUACUCUGAACAGAAAGGAGAGGACGCUGCACAUUGAGUCCCAUAAUGAGACCUUCUCCAACAGGGUCAUCAUUCAUGAGACCUGCUGUUAUUCGGUUCAUCCGGAGAAUGAGGAGUGGACGUGCUUCGAGCAGACCGCCAGUCUGGACAUCAAGUCAUUCUUUGGCUUUGAGAGCACAGUGGAAAAGAUUGCUAUGAAGCAGUAUGCCAGCAGUAUCAACAAGGGAAAAGAAAUAAUCGAGUACUACCUGAAGGAGCUAGAAGAUGAGGGGAUCACUAGCGUACCCCGCUGGAGUUCCUCCUCCCAUUCCCUGCCUCCCCCCAGGCCGACCAGCCUCAUUACCAGCCCGCCUGACCCCCCAAAGCUCGUGUUCACACCUGCUGUUUCUAUUCCACUGCCUGCUAAUGCCAAAGACAGCUCCUCCCUGGACACCAAGCAGGACUGCACCACUCUUCAGGCAGACAGCCUAACUGAGAUUCUUGCCAGUACACCUGAAGACAAGCUGGAUGCAGACUAUAUCAAACGUUACCUAGGCGACCUGACCCCCCUGCAGGAGAGCUGUCUGAUCAGACUUCGUAAAUGGCUUCAGGAGUCACACAAGGGAAAGAUCCCUAAGGACGAGCACAUCCUGCGUUUCUUGCGGGCGAGGGACUUCAACAUAGACAAGGCCCGUGAGAUCCUGUGCCAGUCCCUGACCUGGAGGAAGCAACACCAGGUGGACUACCUGCUGGAGACCUGGAGUUCACCACAGGUCCUGCAGGACUACUACACUGGGGACUGGCACCACCAUGACAAAGAUGGUCGUCCAUUGUACAUCCUAAGGCUGGGCCAGAUGGACACUAAAGGACUGGUCCGGGCUCUGGGAGAGGAGUCUCUACUCAGACAUGUGCUGUCUAUCAAUGAGGAGGGUCUGAGACGCUGUGAGGAGAACACCAAAGUGUUUGGUCGACCAAUCAGCUGUUGGACUUGUCUGGUAGAUCUGGAGGGGCUGAACAUGCGUCACCUGUGGCGUCCGGGAGUCAAGGCGUUGCUUAGGAUCAUUGAGGUUGUGGAAGCCAACUACCCAGAGACUCUGGGACGGCUGCUUAUACUAAGAGCUCCCAGAGUCUUCCCUGUCUUAUGGACACUGGUGAGUCCAUUCAUUGAUGAGAACACCCGCAAGAAGUUCCUCAUCUAUGCAGGCAAUGACUACCAGGGUCCUGGAGGUCUGAUCGACUACAUCGACAAAGAGAUCAUCCCCGACUUCCUGGGAGGAGAGUGUAUGUGCGAGGUACCAGAAGGCGGCCUGGUUCCCAAAUCCAUGUACCGCACAGCCGAGGAGGUGGAGAAUGAGGAGAUCCGCCUGUGGACAGAGACAAUCUACCAAAGCGCCAGCAUCUUCAAGGGAGCACCGCACGAGCUGCUAAUAGAAAUCAUAGACGCCUCCUCGGUCAUUACCUGGGACUUUGACGUGUGCAAGGGCGACGUCGUUUUUAACAUCUUCCACUCCAAGCGGGCCCCCCAGGCACCACGCAAAGACGCCUUGGUGGCCCACGGCAUCACUUCUCCAGUCGUCAACAACGUUCAGCUUAUCGACAAGUCGUGGACGCUGGGGCAAGAUUACAGCAUGGUGGAGUCCCCACUUACCUGUAAAGAGGGAGAGAGCGUACAGGGCUCCCAUAUAACGCGAUGGCCAGGCUUCUAUAUCCUCCAAUGGAAGUUCCACAACAUGCCGGCCUGCUCGGCCACUAACCUGCCCCGAGUGGAUGAUGUGCUGGCCACCUUGCAGGUCUCCUCGCACAAGUGUAAAGUCAUGUACUACACCGAAGUGUUGGGCUCCGAGGACUUCAGAACCGCUUGCUGUGAUGUGGAGAGUUUGGGUUCGAUGACCAGCCUGGAGUCGAGCCACAGCGGCUUCUCUCAGCUCAGCGCCGCGACCACCUCCUCCAUCCAAUCACAAUCCAGCUCGAUGAUCUCCAGGUAGAAAAUGGAAGAAGAGGACUUAAUUUCCGAUAAUCACUCCCACAGACUGACCUUACCAUCAACAUCGAAGCCCCCCCCCCCCCCCCACACCUUCUUGUUUUGGACUCUGUUCCUAUUGCACAGCCAGUCUCUAUAGAACUGAAGCAUGCAAGCUUGCACAGACAGAAGACAAAGAAUACAAAUAAAUCUGAAGCAAAAAGGAGACUGUGCAAAUUAAAGGGCUGAUUUUUGCACAAAGGUCAAAUAUUUAUUGUGCCUGGCAUCUCUGCUAGGCAGCAGUUAGAAUCAGAAUAUUAGCGGUAUGUUUGUUUGCAUCACGUGCAGAGUGGGAAGGCUAAAAGUCAAGAAUUGGGUUGAGGGGCCGUUGUGGCACUGGAAGCGGGAAGAAGCAAUAUUCUCACUCUGGGAGCAAUGAGCAAAGACACUGGAGGCGCUGUUACAUAUAUGCACUUACUUAUGUGUACAUUCACAUACACAGCACUGAGAUGAGGAAGAGCUCAUUCCUGUGCGAUGGCUGAAAGGCCGGGAUGUGCUGUUACAUACAUUAAACAACACCAACAUGUUAACAUACAAAUGGGACGUUUGAUGCAAAAAAAGGGUGUUUGCCAUAUUACCAGAGAGGUUUGUUUAUAUCUGGUGAACUGUUUAUAGGUCAAGUGUGGGUGCGGUAAACUCUUAACUAGACCUGGGUCGAAUGUCAGCUGCAUAUAAUGUUGUUUCAUUUUAAACAGUGUGAAGUUAACAGAGUGGAUGGAGCUCAGUGAAUCAUGACAAUUCAGAUGGAGUAAGCACAGUUUCCACUUGACAGGAUAGUGUGAAAAUGUUUUCAUGCAUCUUUUUGGCGUCCAUUGUAUUGUCACAUGACGCAAAGCUCACGCAUCUGUCUCACGAGGGCUUUAUCACACCUUGGAAAGCAGUUGACUUUUUGACCCGGGUCUGACUCUCAGCGAAGAAAUCCACUAGAAGCAAUAACAGGACUUUGACUUUCUACUGUGUGAAAAGUUUCUAUUUAUCAUUUUGAGGUUUGUGGAGGGUCAUGGGUGCCGAUUGCAGAUAUUGCUGUGGACAGGCAGACAGACAGGCAAACUGAGCCAUUGAACGGCUAAACUCUGUGGCAUCAGCAUUAUCACUUGCUGUCUCUUCCCAGAUUUUCUCCUGGGCACCUCUUUUAUUAUCCUUUUUAUUUCAGUAAAUGUUACCUGGAAAUGUCCAUUGUUAGUUUGAUUUAUGUUCGUUCUGUGCACAGUUGAGGAAUUGAGUCAGAAUCCGGUCGUCAAGGUGACGCCUUCUCACUGAUUUGUGAAUGUGCUACUGAUUGCUCAGCACUUGCUAACCAAUGAAAUGUCUGAAUUUGGAAGGUUCUUGUGUCAUUGGGCAGCACGGCCGUCAUUCGAUAUUUGUUUUUCCAGAGUGGUGUAGAUUUCAGUGUGCAUUAGGGAUGAAUGUUACUUUGUGAUUAUCAUUUGGAGGCAUGUUGAAACUGUACAUGUGCUAGUGUUGGUUGGAGCUGAAAUGUUACUGAUAUUUUGGGGUGAGUUUUUGAUGAGGGGAAGCAGUGUGGUGUUUUUGCUGCAUGGUCAUGUGGUGAUUGGGUUUACAGAUGCAUUAUAUAAAAGUUAAGAAACAGGCAUUUUAUGAGCCAUGUGUCAAUAAAUACCAUUUUAGCCUUUGUAAGCAUCCCUUAGAAACGUACCUGUUUUGUUUUUUCAAGGUCAUCACUGUAAUAGAUAAGCAAUUGUGAAUUAAGAGACAUUUCUAAAUGCAACACAUCCAUGCAACAGUUUUUUAAAUACACUAUUUGGUUAAUGAGCACUGAUGACUUCACAUUGAUCCCACUGCCCGCGGAGGGCAGACACGAUCUCCAUUGCCAGGAGUCAUCAGGUGCUGUCGCCAUGGUUACUGAGUGCAGCUCACAGCAAAAAUAAUCAAACUAAAAGACACUAAAAACAUGAGAUGGAGGCUUCCUCCUGAAACUCCUGGCUCUGCCUGUUGUCGUUUUUGAUACAUGCUUGUUUGAAACUGUAAAUUAAAGGUCAAGGGUUAAUGUGUGAUAACUAUGUCAUAACUGCAAUAACAUGAAAUGCUUUAGUGAGAAAAAGGACCUUCUCAGGCUGAGGGAUAUUAGCUGUGAAUAGUUGUGUAAAGGAGUAAAGGUUACGAAUGGUGGCUUUUGAGAGAAGACUGUAAAAUUUGUGUAAACUCUGACUCGGCCGCACAAAGCAAGUGUGUUUCCACUCACGAGUCUGGAGGAGCAUGUCUCCACUCACACAACUAACCUUUCUUUACCUGAUAUUUCUUCAGGAGACUAGAUUUCCAUUCCUUCAACGGUUCAACUGAUGAAACGAGUAGCAUCAGCUCAUUUUUCCCUUUCUCCCUCUUUGUCUCUUGUACACUCCAGUUUUACAGUUUUGCUUUCCAACACUCCAUGGUGUGUAUCUAUUGAAAUCAGAGUGGACCUUUUGAUUGAAGCCAUAGGCAUAAACACUGAACCUGUUCAUCAAGAUCUCAAUGACAAGUGAGGGCUAUAACUGUUUGUCUUGACUGUUCAACACAUCUGUCUGUCUCUGCUUCUUUUUCUGACAUCGUUGCAUAUCUUCUCUUUAUCUUCAUGUGAGAAAUAAUGUAAAAAGUACAUGUUUGGAUUAAUGAGAAUAUGGCGCCUUUACAUGUUUUGAAAACAUUAAACUUGAAAUAUGUGCAAAUAAAAGUGUCAAAUUCAUUUGUUUGUCCUGUGGCUGUGCUAGUUUUCAUUUUGAUCACACAGUUGUUUACAUUGUAAUGAAUUGUGAAUGAGCAUGAGCAUCUUUAAUUAUUUGCAGUGUCUAUUGCAGCAAACUUGGUCAGUGGGUCUCCUGACCCCUUGUAUUCACUGUGCCACUGACUGCAUUCUUUUUUUUAAUAACUUU